CCCAUUUGUACCCAUUUUAUAUCUUCCAGACGAAGUUCACGUCAGUAAGGGAACUUCUAACAAAUCGUCGAGGCUUCGACUGGCGUCAAAUGAUCAAACCGAGAGUCUCUAGUCACUCUGGUCUAGAGGUGACAAAGAUGUCCGCGAAACUGCUGUAUGAGUUACAUACUUGUAGUGUUAAAACUUUAUUAUUUCGACGAUGGGUCACAAAUGCUAGAUUCUCAAAUAAUAUACAUCUAAAUUCUAAAAGAAACGCUCACACAACCAUUGAGGCUAAAGAUUAUUUCCAAGCUAAUAAAGGAAUACAAUGGGAUCCAGAAGGACCAUUAAAACCGCUUUAUACUUUAAACUAUUUGAGAGUGCCCUAUAUAAGAGAUAGUCUAGUAAAUGUAGCGCCUGGUGAAAAAUUCUCUACUUGUCUGAAAGGAAAGAAAAUUCUUGACGUUGGUUGUGGAGGAGGAUUUCUCUCAGAGGCCUUAGCCAAGCUUGGGGCUGAAGUUACUGGAAUAGACACAAACAAAGAAGCACUCGAACAUACAAAAAAACAUAGCUCUAAUAACAUGCGUUUGGCAAACAAUUUGCCUGCUUAUAUUCCGGUUACGAUAGAGGAACACUGUAAGGAAUAUGCUGAGAGCUACGACGUUGUCGUAUCAUCUGAAGUUAUAGACCAUGUUGCUCAAAAGGAACUUUUUGUGGAGUCAUGCGUGCGGGCCGCAAAACCGGGUGCAAAACUGUUCUUUACCACCAUUAACAGAACGCGUCUUGCUCAGUUCGUUAUUAUAUUUUGCUACGAAAAUAUUGUCAAAACUAUUCCAAAGGGUGCACACGAUUUUAACAUGUUCAUCAAACCAAGCGAACUGAAAUACAUGUUGGAAAUGAAUGAUUGUUUCGUGGAAUCCACAAAAGGAUACAUGUUUUAUCCGUUCGAUCCGCAUUGGGUGUGGACUAAACAUAAAAUGUUUUUCUAUGCUAUCGAGGCUGUAAAAUCAAAUUAAAACAGGUGUUCAUAGAAGUAAUGAAUUAAUGUCUUCCUCAAAUGUUUUACUGAAAAGCUGGGUAUAACCUCUGUUUUGCAUUACUAGUAAUUAAAGUUAAUUUUCA